GCAAUUGCAUGUGUUAUUCAACUUGAAAGUUGGAUCCGUUUUCAAUGACCCAUUUGUUUCCCUGCUUACACAGACGAUGGGUCUCCGUGUAUCAAAGUUAAAGAAAGCCAUUGUAGAUGACCAUCUUCUCCUAAUGAAUAUUUUGACGACUGGUGGUUUGCUAGCUAUGGGAGAUGUGCUGACACAGACUAUGGAGAUUAGUAUGGAUAAGGAGAAUAAACAGAAAUUCAGUUGGUAUCGAACAGAGCGGAUGCUGGCAGUAGGUUUGGCUUUGGGUCCAUUUGCUCAUUUAUGGUACAGCAAGAUUGUGGACAAAUUAGUACCUGGGGUAGCCACCACUCAGACAGCUGUUAAAAAAAUUCUAGCUGAUCAGCUUAUAGCCGGACCAUUCUUCUGUAGUGCUUUUUUCUUUGGAAUGGGAAUGUUGGAAGGAAAAGGGGGACAAGGGGCUAUUGCUGAGGUUAAAGAAAAGUUCCUACCAGUGUACAUGAUUGAUUGGUGUGUAUGGCCACCAGCUCAGUUUAUCAACUUUCGAUUUCUUCCUGUUGAAUUCCGUGUAAUAUAUGUGGCCUGUAUCACACUCUGCUGGAACACAUUUUUAUCAUAUUACAAGCAUAUGGAUUCACAUAAGAUUGAGGAAAAACAAGAAAAAGUCACAAGCUGAUGAUCAAUUUUUCAUAGGGAGUGAGAGACUUGUAUUAGUCAGAGUUUAUUUUAUUAGUCAACUAUUGUUAUGAGAUUUUCAUUUUAAGAUAUAUUGUGUUUAUUAUACAUGUACUUGUCUGUUCAGCAUAGGCUCCAGUCAGCGAUUAUUUUUAUAACAAGUUUUCUUCUCAUUCGUGUAUUUAUUUACAUGUCUUUAUAAUCUCCCAUUUAAGUUUUUUAAAUCUUUUUUUUUUCAA